AUGGUCCUUAAUGUGGAGGCGCUUUUGCGCUCCCUCCCUCGACCGAUUGCAUUACCCAUGGACAAAAAGACCUUUUCCUUCACCAUCCCCACUUCUGCAAUUUGUGUUGCUCCUAAUGAUAUCCAGAGCGUUAAAAACGCACUGAAAGAACACGCGCUUCUAUUAGAUCUUCCAAAAAUAAAACCAAUCAUCAGAGAUCCAGCAGAUGCAAGGCUUUUCAUUUUGUUGAACGAUGUCUACGCAAAGGAAGAAAUCCCGAUUGAAAAUUCCGUCGUCCACGAGUAUAACCUCUCUAUAGACUACUCCUAUUGGACUGUGGCACAAAUCAUUGAUGCCAUUCUCCCUCCCGACCUAGAUCGUAUCACGGCCUUUGAAACAAUUGGCCACAUUGCCCAUUUGAAUUUGACGGAAGCCCACAUGCCAUAUGCAAAUGAAAUUGGCCAGGUUAUUUUGGACAAAAAUCCGUCGCUCUCCGUUGUGGUCACAAAGCUUGGUGAAAUCGACCACGAAUUUAGGUUCUUCAAAAUGAAUGUGAUAGCGGGCUCGCCAUCAAAUCUUGUUACCACGGUGUCAGAAUCGGAUUGCAGAUUUACACUGGACUACUCGCAAGUUUAUUGGAACUCUCGACUGGCACAUGAGCAUCAGCGUUUGGUGACGUCCGUUUUUAAAAGCGGCGAGCUAAUUUGUACGACUUUUCUCUUAUUCAAUAGGUGA